GAUUCUUGGUGAUUUCUUUAAUUUUAACCGGGAAGGGGCUAUUGUGUUCUUAAUGCAGGCGUUUGAAAGCAAUUUGAAAUCUGAAGGGGUAAAAAUUCUAAGUCCUCUUCCGGAGACCAGAUUGCUUUUGGGGUUGCCUUUUUGUCUGAUGCAUUUGUUCUGAGCCUGCUGACCAGCUGUUUCUGAACUUCAUUUUCUCAGCCUCAACAGUGAUCUGAGUCUUCUUUUAGCUUCCCUUCGCCUGCCUUGGCUUGUUUCUGUUCAAGAACAGCUGUUUGGCCCCUAGAUUAGAGAAAGGCGCCUCCUCCCCCUCUCCCAAGAGAGCUUCUUCUAAGUGCUCAGAGAUGGGGAGUGGGGAACCUAAUACUGCUGGCAAGAAAAAGAAGUACCUCAAGGCUGCCCUGUAUGUGGGUGACUUGGCCCCUGAUGUCACAGAGGACAUGCUCUAUAAGAAGUUCAGACCUGCUGGCCCUCUACGCUUCACUAGAAUCUGCCGUGACCCGGUGACCCGCAAGCCCCUAGGUUAUGGUUAUGUUAACUUCCGCUUUCCUGCGGAUGCUGAGUGGGCCUUGAACACAAUGAAUUUUGAUUUAAUUAAUGGUAAACCAUUUCGCCUCAUGUGGUCACAGCCAGAUGACCGCUUAAGAAAGUCUGGAGUUGGAAAUAUAUUCAUCAAAAACUUGGAUAAAUCCAUAGACAAUAGGGCCCUGUUUUAUUUAUUUUCUGCUUUUGGGAACAUUCUUUCCUGUAAAGUUGUAUGUGAUGACAAUGGCUCUAAGGGUUAUGCCUAUGUCCACUUUGAUAGCCUUGCUGCUGCCAAUAGGGCUAUAUGGCACAUGAACGGAGUUCGGCUCAACAACCGUCAGGUGUAUGUGGGCCGAUUCAAAUUUCCUGAAGAGAGAGCAGCUGAAGUCAGAACAAGAGAUAGAGCAACAUUUACCAAUGUUUUCGUGAAAAAUUUUGGAGAUGACAUGGAUGAUGAAAAACUAAAGGAACUUUUCAGUGACUAUGGUCCAACUGAGAGUGUUAAAGUAAUAAGAGAUGCCAAUGGAAAAUCUAAAGGCUUUGGAUUUGUAAGAUAUGGGACACAUGAAGCUGCCCAAAAAGCUGUGCUAGACCUGAAUGGCAAGUCAAUAGACGGGAAAGUCCUAUAUGUAGGGAGAGCACAGAAAAAAAUUGAACGCUUGGCUGAGUUAAGGCGGAGAUUUGAAAGGCUAAAAUUAAAAGAAAAAAGUAGGCCUCCAGGAGUGCCCAUCUAUAUUAAGAACCUGGAUGAGACCAUCGAUGAUGAAAAACUGAAGAAAGAAUUUUCUUCGUUUGGAUCAAUUAGUCGAGCCAAAGUGAUGAUGGAAGUGGAACAAGGCAAAGGGUUUGGUGUUGUCUGCUUCUCUUCUUUUGAAGAAGCUACCAAAGCAGUAGAUGAGAUGAAUGGUCGUGUAGUAGGCUCUAAACCACUAAAUGUCACUUUGGGCCAAGCAAGGGGCAGGUGGUGAGAAUCACAAUGAUCAUUUUGUUUAGCCUUUAGCUGUUACCUACUUAGCUUGAGCGUCUUUGUAAUAGGGGGUUAUUUCUGUCAAUUCACAGAUUUUUGUUUUGUUUUGUUUUGUCUUUGUUAUUUUAUUUUUGUGUGUGCGUGUAAAAACUUACUAUGGCAAGUGUACAGAGAAAAUCUUUUUCGUUAUAGUGAAGAACAUAAUUUUCAAAUAUAAAAUUGUCAGUUGUCUGAAUUCUUUACAUAAUCUUUAUCCUUAGUAAAUUGUGGAAUAAAAUUUAUUCCUCUUAACUUUUAUGAAUUGCAUAAAG